CCUACUACCCUUGCUAUCUGCCUUCACCACGCUUCAAGAUGCUCCUCUCGUCUUCUAUCAUCACGCUUCUGGCCGGGCUCUUCGCCCUCGUCCAGGCCCUGCCUCCAAACCUCGCAGCCGAGGACAACACCCGCCUUUUCGCCCGACAGGGAAACAUCUGCGGCAGAGGAGUCGCACACGCGGACAUGAUUCCCAACUCCCCAACAAUGCCACACAUCAGCCACAACGUCAACACCGAUACUUACCUGGUCGACAUCACCCACACCAUCUCCAUCCACUCGAUCUACACCUAUCAUGUCACCAACCUGGUCGAUGUGAACGUCGACGCUCGCGCCAUGGGCAGAGACCACAUUCUGGUGGACUUUACGGUGUGGAACAGAGCCAGACGAUCGAAUCGUCUCUUCGUGUCCAUGUGGGAACGUGGUCAGAGCGAUUACACCCGCAUUCAGGACAUCGAAUUCGAGGCGGGUUCUCCGGCUCACCCUGCUGUCGGUCGACUCUGCAUCAACCUGGUGGACCUGGGAAUCGGCGAGGAUGCGCACUGGUUCGUCCAGUUGGAAGAAAAUUAACGCCGCACGAGAACGACGGUCUCGGACGUCCCCGGACCUGCGAUAUACACGAUUCGACACACUCAUUCUUGCAUCGACCCGCGCCAGGACCGCCGAGGGAGGAAAUAAGACCCCGCAAGCCAUGCAUUCUUCUGGGGAUACGAUUCG